CGACGCACACACACACACACACACAUACACAGAUGCACGCUGUGGUGAGGAAGGAGAAGCGUCGAUUUCGAGCAAAUGUCAAGUUUCCAGAGAGAAAAUGACGCUGCUAAAGCUCUGUUCAGAAGACUUGAGUGUGCAGUUACUCCCAUCGUGUCCGGCGAGUACAGUCACCACCGGGACAGAGCAGUGAUGGCAUCCCGGGUCUCCUUCACCCAAGCCCGGGUGGAAGCGGAGCUGGAGCGCUACCGGGCCGAGUGCCAGUGGGACAAGAUGCCGAUGAUCAUCGAGCAGAUGAAGGUGGCGCGGAUCCACGAGGACGAUGACUACGGGAUGCUGCUGACGGCCGAGAUGCUGCUGGAGGAGUGCCUGCAGGAAAACCUCGACCUUUUACGGAGCUCCACCCCUUUGAUGGACAAGGCCCAGCCCAGACUGGGCCGUGCCAAAAGCCACCUUAACACCGUCCUCAGCCGAGGCCGUCUCACGCCCAGGUAUCUGAACGAGGCUCUUCUGCUGAUGGCUAAAGUGCACUUUGUGCAGGGUCGCUACCGCGACGCCCAGGGCAUGUGUGCCAGGGUGGGACUGGAGGAGCUGACCCAGAACGAGCAGCCGACCUACCACCUCCGCCUGCUGGCCGAGGCUUUUGUGAUCAAAGGUCUGUCUCUGGACCACCAGACAGUUUCUGCAUCGUCCCGUGUCCGCCUGUCAGAGAGGGAGGAGGAGUGUCUGUCCUGUUACCUCAGGGCUUGUGACGCGGCCCUGUCCUACCUGCAGGAGCUCGAUAAGAUUUCAGUGACAACACCCCACACCAAAACAGCCAAAGCCAGUCUGGCUCCAUCACCAGUGGAUAUCGACCUGGGCUACUUCCUACAGGCUUCCUUACAAAGUGCUUACCUUUGUCUGCUGCAGAGGGGCCAUCUAGCACAGGGUGCUCAUCAGCUGCGUAGGGUCCUCAGGGUGGUGGAGUCACGAGGGUCUCAGAACUUCAAGAAGUCUGCAGCGAGAAAGCUAGCUGAGGUGCUGCUGAGCUCCGUCAGUGAGGACAGCUACUGGCCCCCGCUGGGCCCCCCACCCUCAGCCUGGCUUCUCAGGGAGGGAGCCGCGGCCUCCAAAGACGCCAUCUACCCCACUGUUAAACCCCCCCAACGUUACAGCACCGACGGUUGCUUCUGUCCUCAGGACGUGGUGGAGGAAGCUGUGCUGCUGCUGCUCAUCACAGAGUCCAUGGCCAGCGGCGAGGCGGUGAUCAGCCGUCUGCCAGACCAGGCGGAAGCUCGUCAGGCCAGCCUGCAGGAUGCCACCUCUGUUUAUGACCUGCUCACCAUUGGCAUGGCCAGGAGAGGGCAGUACGGCAUGCUAUCUGAGUGUCUGGAGCGAGCCAUGAAGUUUUCUUUCAACGAGUUCCACCUCUGGCACCAGCUGGGCCUGUCACUCAUGGCGGCUGGGAAGGGCGUUGGUGCUGUGUCUGUAUUUAAAGAGUGUGCCAGGAUGAAACCAGAGGACCCUUCAUUGCCCCUUUUGGCUGCUAAAAUCUGCAUUGGUCAACUUCACUGGUUUGAGGAGGCCGAGGCUCUGUCGCGGACUGUGGUGUCCAUGGGCGAAGAAGCCGAAGAAUUUCUACCUCGGGCCUACCUGUCCCUGGGACUCUGCUGCAGUUUACAGGCCUCUGAUGCAAUCCCUCCCCUGCUGACUCGGCUGAUGCCCAGAAAAAACCACCUCAAAGCCCUGGAAACCCUUUGCCUGGCUCUCAGCCAGCACCCCCCUCUGCUGUUCACAAAGGUGAAGCUUGAAGAGCCCUUUUCGCCCGGCCACAGCCCUCCAGACUGUGAAGAGAUGCUGCAACACUGGCUGAGCCGCUAUGAUGUCAGCCGCUCCAGUGAGACAGAUGACAGCAGCAGUAUACCGAUGGCUGAGAGGGUGGAGGUCAGCUCUGGAGCCAGGAAACCCUCCAUCCACCUCACCCUGCCUGACUUCCAGGAGGCCUCCACAGGUUCCCAGAGCCCGUCGUCAGUUGCAGCGUCUCGUCUGGAAGCGGCGCUCUCGGAGGUGUCGGACCUCAGCUCCUCCCGUCGCCAAGGACCCACCUACAUCUGGGCCACCCUGGAGUGCAUUUGGCUGCAGGCUGGGGAGUUGUUCAUGGCGGAUGGUCGGCCAAAGGAGGCCCAGUUCUGCAUAGCCGAGGCCAGCGCGCUCUUCCCCAACUCGCACUCAGUGCUGCUGCAGCGGGGCCACCUGGCUGAGCUCAGGGGCCAACUGGAUGAAGCCAAAAACCUGUAUGACGAGGCCCUGGCCAUCCAUCCCACGGGAGAGCGCAUACUUGUGCACAUGGGCUGUCUGCUGGUGAAAACCGGCCGUGUCCACCUUGGGGAAAAGGUCCUGCGUGACGCGGUUCAGGUCCACAGCACCUCCCACGAGGCGUGGAGCGGCCUGGGCGAGGCCCUGCAGUCUCGGGGCUCUAGCCAGGCUCCCGACUGCUUCUUGACAGCCCUGGAGCUGGAGGCCUCCUGCCCCAUCCGGCCCUUCACCAUCAUCCCCAGGGAGCUUUGAGGGGCUCACAAGCUUCAGCCUCGGGAUGGUUAGCUUAGCAUAAGGAAAAGUCUAAUUCAUAACCCUCUGUAAAGCUACAAUUGUUAUUUCAUACAUUGGACAUAUUAAACAAACAAAAUAUAAUAUAAUAAGUGAACAAAAGAGUUUACGGUAGGCACAUUUUUGUUUGUAAUCUUUAGACAGAGCUUUUUCCCCUUGUCUCCUGUCGUUAUGCUAAGAUAAGAUAACCUAAGCUAAUAUGAAUAUGGUAUCAAUUUUGUCAUCUAAAUUCUAGCAAGAAAGUGAUCCUAAAAUCUAAAGUAUCUCUUUAAUAAGUAUUCCUUUAACUAUUGUUCUCAAUGUCAGUGACUUUCGUUAUCACCCUCUUAAUUAUCUAAUUGUCCAAGUAAUAUAAAUGAGCAUGCCUAGCAUCCAUUCUUGAUAAGUUAUCAGAUCAAAAAAAUGUAGAAAAAUUUUUUUAUUUGUCAGUGUUGCAUAUUUACGUAAAAACAGUGGCAUUAAUAUUGGAAUCAACGCUGUUUUUGUGCAAAAGAAGCAACAGAGGCAUUCAGAUUAUUGCAGAUAAUAUUAGAAUAUCGUUAUAAUACUGUAUUGUAACAAUGUACUGUACAUCUCCUAUGGAGUUAUAAGUACAGAAGUAUAGCUAUUUGGCAAUUAGCGACAAAUUAGUAAUAUUUAAA